AUGGCUUCACGAUUCCCACGCCAACGAGAUCCUCGCUCUUCCUCCUCCCUCUUCGACUCCUAUGGUGGCGGCGACUCACGUCCCGCGAGUAGAUCCCCUGCUCCGGCGGGUGGAUAUGGGUAUGGAGGGUAUGCGGGACCAGCAGUGAAUGCUUAUCCCAAUGGGAAUGGGAAUGGCAGCGCGAGUUUUCGGAGUGCGACGCCUGAUAAGAAGGGCCACUAUUCCGAUGCUGUGCUCUCUUCGCUUGAAUCGCAAAAUGAUGCUGAGGUGGAGGGUAUUACUGCUAAAGUGAAGAUGUUGAAAGAUAUGACGAUAGCCAUCGGCGACGAAAUUCGCGAUACUACAUACCUAAACACCCUCGAGAAUUCCUUCGAGAGUACCCGUGUACGGCUCCGCGGGAAUAUGAACCGCAUGCUGCGCAUGGCGGAGCGUACUGGUGUCGGGUGGAGAGUCUGGUUGGGCUUUUUCGCUGCUGUUUUCUUCUUGUUCUUCUAUGUCUGGUUGUUCUAG